AUGGCAGCCACAGCCCAGCCAAAGGCAGGCUCCCAUCGCUCGGACCCAACGUCGGCGCGGGUUGAGCACCGCGACCGGCCCGAGCCCGGCGGCUCCGACGGGACGGGACGGACCUCGAAUCCCGGCCCCGGCAGUUCCCUGCGGUACCCCCUAAGCGCUCACCUCGCAAACCGUGAUUGUGUUCCCACAGGAGUGCUGGUUCUGUCGUGGUACCCACCCGGCCUAGCAGAUGACAAUGGGGAACCAUCAGACAGCCUCGUGCCAUUCAUACUGGAUGCUGCACAACGGUAUGCCAUAAAGGUCGCCUUCCACAUCCAGCCGUACAAAGGGCGUGAUGACCACACAGUGCAUGAGAAUAUCAAAUACAUCGUGGACAAAUACGGAUCUCACGCUGCUUUUUAUAAAUACAAGACCAGCACUGGCAGGAGCCUCCCGCUGUUUUAUAUCUACGAUUCCUACUUGACACCAGCUGAAUCCUGGGCCCACCUUCUCACGCCAUCAGGUUCCCAUUCUCUCCGUAACACCGCCUACGAUGCUGUGUUCAUAGCACUGCUGGUGGAGGAAGGGCACAAGAAGGAUAUCCUCUCUGCAGGAUAUGACGGCAUGUACACAUACUUUGCAUCCAAUGGUUUCUCUUUUGGCUCAUCCCACCAGAAUUGGAAAGCCAUCAAAACUUUCUGCGACUCCAACAACCUGAUGUUCAUCCCCAGUGUUGGACCAGGCUACAUUGACACCAGCAUUCGCCCCUGGAACAACCACAACACUCGGAACAGAGUCAAUGGGAAGUACUAUGAAACAGCUCUGCAGGCUGCUCUCAUGGUCAGGCCAGAGAUUGUCUCCAUCACAUCCUUCAACGAAUGGCACGAAGGCACCCAGAUCGAGAAAGCUGUUCCCAAGAAGACCCUGACACGCCUUUACCUGGACUACCUUCCUCAUCAGCCCAACAUGUACCUGGAGCUGACCCGCAGGUGGGCAGAACAUUUCAGCAAAGAGAAAGAGCAGUGGCUGAUGUGACUUCAGCCCCUGCCUUACUCAAAGCCAUCCCACUGACAGAGCUGCAGCACAGACAGGUGCUUCAGAAAAGAAAAAAAAAAACACAGAACAGCUGCAGAACCUUCAGCCUAGGCAGGUCACUGAGCCUGCAGCAGCCUGCAAGCACCCCAAGGACUGCAAGAGUCCCAGCUCUGAACCCACAGGAGAAAAAAUUACAAGGAGUAGGAAAUCUCUAAGCAGCAGCUAAGUCUAACUUCCUGCAGAUGUAGCAGAGGUGACCUUUUCAGAGCUCUUCUGCAAUGCAUGGGGGUGCUGGCUUCAGGGCCAAAGAUCCAUUUUUUCUUAUGGUGUGUCGUUCUGUGAUGACGUUGACAUAGUUAGCUGGGUUCCAGCAUGCAUUUUACCCUUGGUCUGCUGCCACUACAGAUCCCUCACUCCACUAGCAACUUCAAAAGCAUUUCCUUACCAGCUGGCUGCAAAAAAGAAAUAAAAGUUCCUCUAAAUUGUUUACUGUAGAUGAAACUAAUCCAUGCAGUUACCUUCUGGUUUAUCCGAGCUCUUCUACACCAAGAAGUUCUGUGCUAGGUGUUGUUACUACGGCUCACUGUAUCCAAAUAACUCAAAAUAAUUACAGCCCAAAUGCUAGUGGCUAUUUACCCCUACUACUCUACAUGCUGGAAACCAAGGAAAUGCAACCAUAUCUCUACUACAAGUUUCUCAGUGGUUGUUUACUGCUCCAUGUUUUGAAAAUUUAGACCAGAAGUUGCUUUAUUGACUUUAGAAUCAAGGGGGGAAAAAAAAACAAAAACCAAACCACUUGCAAUAAAAAUGCUGCUGAAAACACCAUUCAUUUGUUUUUUGAAAGAAGUUCAGCUCACAGUAGCUUUCCUUCUUGUAACAUGAUGGAAAGCACAGCAGUGACAGCACAGCAGCAAGGUCACAGGCUGCAGCAAGCAAGGAUUUGCUCAAAUGCAACAGAUGUAGGCAGAGAAAUAAAAGAAAGAAGCUCCUUACCUUCAGAAGGCCUCAGGUGGGCAGGGAUCUUCAGCAGGAAUCUCCUACUUCCCCUCCUAACCCUGAAAUGAGGGCUGGGAAGGGGUGCAACCUGGCUUUACUCAUUCUGGUCACUCAGUGCACUGCUUGCAGCUGAGCUCCCUGGGUUGGCCCUGCCUUCCCACCAGGUGCUCCAUCACUGCUUCAAGCUGUGACUCAGCGUUUCCACUACACCUCUACUUGUGGUUUAAAAUAUGCUGGCACCCUUCUAAAUGAGCCAUAAAUUAGCUUAUAUUUGCAUCAAUAAAAUGAGAAGCAGCAGCUCGGGAUGUGAAACAGGGUUCUACUCACGAUGACUCCACACACUCUAAU